UCCGGUUAACGCCUUUCCUGUCAUGGCCGGAGAGAGCCGGACACACACCCUCCGCUCCCGCUGCUUUCCUGUGUGUCUGUUUCAUCGCUGCAGUCAGAGGAGCUUUGGUGAAACGAUGCAGAAUGGGAAACUGGUGUGUGUCUGGCCGGGCUGUGAAUGCGGGACCAUCACAGAGGGCUGAAAGAUGGAGGAACGGACGAAGCACAAACGCCACCGCCCAGGGCGGAGGCGUCGUCAGCAGUGCUGAGUGGAGUGGAGUCAGUGCAGGACGGGACAUAAUCAUCAACAACAGCACAUGUGGCCCGCCUCCCGAUGGGACAGACCAGACGAAGACCAAAGGAAACAUCAUCCAAAGAUGCCAAGAUGAUCUUAAAAAAUACCUGGAAAGGACAACAAAGAAUCUGUGUCAAGGACCGAAGGAAGACGUAUCAUCAACUCCUUUAGACAAAAUCUAUACGGAGCUGUACAUCACGGAGGGAGGCAGCGGGGAGGUUAACAGCGAACAUGAAGUGAUUAGAAUCGAAUACAAAAGGUGUUCAAGUGAGGAGACAACAGUCCAGCUCAAUAACAUUUUUGAACCUCUAUCAAAGAAAGACAACCCUCCUCAGAGAGUCCUGACGAAGGGAAUCGCCGGCAUCGGAAAAACCGUCGCCGUGCAGAAAUUCACUCAUAACUGGGCAACAGGAAAAGCCAACCAAACCAUUCAGUUCAUAUUUCCUUUCACAUUCAGAGACUUGAAUUUAAUAGCAGAUCAGCGUUGGAGUCUCAUGACGUUGAUAGGUCACUAUUUUGAAGAAGUCAAGAAUUUGGAAACGUCAGACUACAUCAGUUCGAGUGUUCUGUUCAUAUUUGAUGGUUUGGACGAAAGCAAAUUACCUCUCGACUUCAAGAGCAACGAGAUGUUCCGCAGCGCUACAGAGACCACAACACUCGACGUCUUGCUAACCAACCUGAUCUCAGGGCGACUGCUGCACAACGCCUCGGUGUGGAUCACCAGUCGACCGGCUGCGGCCACGAAGAUUCCUCUGGAGUGCGUCCACAGGGUGACCGAGGUACGAGGCUUUAACGAUGACCAGAAGGAAGAGUACUUUAAGAAGAAAGUCAGUAACAAGGCAAUGGUUCAGAAGAUCCUCGAUCAUCUUCAGUCAAAGGCGAUGAGAAGUUUGUACAUCAUGUGCCACAUCCCCAUCUUCUGCUGGAUUUCAGCCACAGCUCUCCAGGAUCUCCUGGAACAAGAAACAAAACGGAGCGAGUUGCCCAAGACUGUGACUGAAAUGUACACACACUUCCUGAUCAUCCAGACGAAGCUGAAACACCAGAAGGAUUAUCAGGAAAGUGAAACGGACAAAGAUGUUAUCAUGAAAUUGGGAAAAUUGGCCUUUGAACAGCUAAAGCAGGGCAACAUCAUCUUCUAUGAAGAUGACUUGAAAACCUGUGAGAUUGACCUGAAACAAGCUGUAGUUUAUUCGGGUGUUUGCACCAAGAUCAUACGAAAAGAAUAUGGCGUUCACAAAGAAGAGAUCUACUCGUUCAUUCAUCUAAGUGUUCACGAGUUUCUGGCAGCACUUUAUGUACUCGAGACCUUCUUGAGUAGCGGAGAAAAUCUGCUCUCCAGCCCGACAGGAGAGAAAGUGACAUCAGAGACGGGAGAGCUGUCCAUCGCUGUCCUCCAUAAGAGUGCAGUUAACAUGGCUCUGGCCAUUGAUCAUGGACAAUGGGACUUGUUCGUGCGCUUCCUGCUCGGUUUGUCACGGGACCAAAAUCAGGAGCUUCUUCAGAAAGUAUCAGGUUUCAAAGGGAGACCUCCACAGACCAACCAGGAGACAAUCACCUACAUACACGAGGAGAUCAAAAAGCUCCCCAACAUCGACAAGAGUAUCAACCUGUUCCACUGUUUGAACGAGCUGGGUGACCAGACGCUGGUAAAGCAGGUCCAACAGUACCAGAACUCAGGAGAUGUUGUUCACUUUCUGCCUGAACACUGGUCAGCUCUGGCCUUUCAGCUGCUCGUUUCCAGUGAAGACCUUGAUGUCUUUGACUUGAAGAAAUUCUCCAGAUCAGAUGAAGUUCUGGAGAGGCUGCUGCCGGUGCUCAAAGCAUCAAAGACCGCUUUGUUAAGUGACUGUAACCUCACUGACAGAUGUUGCAAGAACAUCUCAUCAGUUCUCAGCCUGACGUCUUCCCAUCUGGAGGAGUUAGACCUGAGCAGAAACAGUCUGCAGGACUAUGGCGUGUCCCUGCUUUACGACGGUCUAAAAAGUCCCAACUGCAAACUUAAGAGACUCAGGUUGGUUUACUGUCAGUUCACAGAGAGUGGCUGUGUUGCAUUGGCCUUCAGUCUGAAGGCAAACCCUGCUCACCUGAGAGUCCUGGAUCUGGCACUGAAUCAUUUUGGCGACGGUGGUGUUGAAAAGCUUUCUGAAUUCUUGGCAGAGCCACUUUGCCAGCUGGAGUCACUGGACCUGAAUGACUGCAGGUUAACAGCGAAAUGCUGCCGGUCUUUGACCUCUGCCCUCAGUCGCUCCUCUGCUCUCAGAGAGCUCGACCUGAGCAACAACGACCUGGCAGACCUGGGGGUGAAGCUGCUCUCUGAUUGGCUGAGGAAACCUCAGUGUGAACUGAAGAUACUGCGGCUGGUUUGCUGUAACUUUGAAGAGAUUGGCUGUGCUGCACUGGCUUUUAGUCUGAAGUCAAACCCAGUCCACCUGAGAGUCCUGGAUCUAGAAGGAAAUAAAAUCGGAGACGUUGGUGUGGAUAAGCUUUCCGAGUUCUUGGAAAAGCCACAUUGUCAACUGGAGACACUAAACCUGAAAAACUGCAGGUUAACCACAAAAUGCUGCAAGUCUUUGACCUUUGCCCUCAGUCACUCCUUUGCUCUCGACGAGCUCGACCUGAGCAACAACUGCCUGACGGACCAGGGGGUGAAGCAGCUUUCUGAAUGGCUGAGGAAACGCCAGUGUGGACUGAAGAUACUGCGACUGGCUCGAUGUCAGAUAACAGAGAACGGCUGUGCUGCCCUGAGUCACUGUCUGAAGUCUAAUCCCGCCCACCUGAGAGUCCUGGAUCUGACAGAAAAUUGUCUCCAAGAUGGUAGUGUUGAAAAGCUUUCCAGGUUCUUGGCAGAGCCACUUUGUCGAUUGGAGACUCUGGACAGACUGGCUCGAUGUCAGUUAACAGAGAGUAGCUGUGCCGCCCUGGCCCCCAGACUGAAGUCUAACCCCGCCCACCUGAGAGUCCUGGAUCUGGCAGGAAAUGACCUCGGAGACGCCGCCGUGGAAAAGCUGUCUGAGUUCUUGGCAGAGCCGCUUUGUCAGCUGGAGACUCUGGAUCUAAAAGACUGCUGGUUAUCGGCGGCGAGCUGUCAGUCUUUGACCUCUGCCCUCGGCUGCUCCUCUGCUCUCAGAGAGCUCGACCUGAGCUACAACAACCUGACGGACGAGGGGGUGAAGCUGCUUUCUGAUUGGCUGAAAGAAACCCAGUGUACACUGGAGAUACUGCGCUUGUCAGAGUGCACAGAGAGCAGCUGCGAAUCUUUGGCCUCGGCUCUGACGUCGAACCCUUCACACCUCAGAGUCGUCGAGCUGACCUGGAGCGAUCCCGGAGAAAGAGGUCUGAAGCUGCUGACUGAUUUACAGAAGAACAAAUCUAACAAACUGCAGAUGCUGACGGUGACGCCGUGAAUCUGCCCUGAUUAAAAAUAAAACUGAUCAUCUUUUUUCUGGUCCGGAUGAACGGAGCUGCAGGGGUGAUAGUGACCUCAGAUGCUUCGUGAUGCUUCUGUCUGUCUCUCAAUGCUAAAAACUCGGUUUGGGCGACCAGCUAACAGCUGAGAAGGUGAUUUCUUGUCACUGUGUGACAGUGAAAGUUGUGGCUGGACAGAUAAAAAAUUAGCUGAAACUCUCAGUAAAGCUGAGAGAGACUGCAGAUUCAGCUGAUCGUCCUCCGGAGGAUUCUCACUACCAGCAACACAACAUAUUUUUUUACACUGUUUUUGUAUCAUAUUUUAUUAUGUUUUUAUAAAAAUAAAGGUUAUAACCACUUUAACCUUGUAAAUUUGAUUUACACAGCAGGCAGUUUGGCUUAAGUUUUAUUCACCAGUUCUCGUGUGUGAUAUUAACUCUGUCUUUAUUCUUAUCCUCAGAAGCUUCGUUCACUGCAGAGAUGUUAAAAUUUUAACGGCAAAGGUGUGGUUUCGAGUCACAUCUCACAUCUCCAGUAACAAAUUUGAUGGCUUUAGUCUCGACUUGACAAAAUCUGAAGACUGGCAGCUCGACUUGGACUUUUAACACCAAUGACUCCUGAUUUCAUUCGGACUGUUGACUUGAAAAUACAUUUCCUCCAGCCCAAAGAUUAAAAAAUUUAUUUAAAAAGUGAGCCACAAAUAAAUUUUCCUUUAUCGACUAACAUUAACACUAUUUAUUUCCAGCAAGUCAACACUGAAUUCCUCAGAUGAGUCACUUCAUUUUAACCAAUGUGGCAGCAUCCAGUGAAACUGGAGGAGAGAAUGAUAAAGAACAAUUUAGCCCCACAUGAAUAAAAUCAUACCAAAGAGACCCAUGUCAAAAAAAUGUAUUCUUUCAAAAAACUGGUUUUGUACUUUUAGUGUCCGUAAGGUUCCAGUGCUCAUAAAACGGCAUCAAUAUAGAGCUUGCUGAUCAAAAACAGUGCCAGUUUAGGAUCUCCCACACCCCCGACAGAGGUCCUGGCUAAGACCCUAAUGUCUUCAAAUCCGAGAACUGUCCA